AUGGCAUAUGCCAUGGGAAAAACCGUUGUCGAGAAGCCAUCCAAAGUGGUUCCUCUUGCUUCGCCCACGCGCCUUGGUUCCGUGUUCUGUGCUCGGCGAAUCCAGGUGGAUCUUUCCGUUCAUCCAAGGGGCGCUGUUGCUGCAGCCACAUCUUGUUUGGAAGCAAGCAUCACCGUGGUUUGUUCGCAUGUCCCGGACAAUAAGGACGCGUUGGUGAGAGCUCGACAUUGUGGCUGGACAUUGUGUGGGAUCUGCCUCCCCCCUCGGUUAGAGCAUUCUUGCAUCCCAAUGCGGACUAUCUACUUCUCAGCCACCAAUGCCGGGCCCAAAGAGCCGACCGGCCGAAUCCAUCCAGUCCGGCGCUGGCAUAAUGUGGCACAUACAUUCCUGAACUGGCACACACACACACCCGUUUAUCCACUCCGUAUUAACGCUGCGUGGGUGGGACCCAGCAUAACCUAUUGCAGAAACCACACGGAGAAUUGCGGGCUCUCAGUCCAGUGGUUCGGGCUAUUGAGCUGGCUGCAGGCUGCAGUGCGGCUAUUUUAUCGUUAUCCUGUUGGCUCUGGGAAGAAUGAGGUUGCCUUGAAGCGCGAUUUCCGGCACACGCCUGGCCGGACGCAGUUAUUCCUUCUCCGUCUUUAUUCGGUAGCGCGUGUCAAACUGGGGACGGAAUGUCCUUUUCCUCCCCUCCCAAUUCUACCGAGCGGACUAUUGGCAAUGGGCGCCGCGGGCGGGCGUCCAUGUCGAUCCGUGGCUCCCUCCCCUUCGCCUUGCUUCCGGGCUCACUGA